AUGAGUUACAAACCAAAUGAGAGGUUAUGCAAAAAGGCGUUUUGGGAGGAGUGCUACAAAACCGAGUUGAAGAAUUUUUCAGACAACCCGAGUGACGUGGGAGAAGUUUGGUUUGGUGAACAAAUUGCGGAACAGGUUGUUGACACUCUUCAGAAUUACGCGUCGACAAAUUUAAGGGUUUUAGAUGUUGGUUGUGGGUGUGGAUAUACUUUAUUGUUACUUUUCCAAGCGGGGUACACGCGAUUGUAUGGUGUUGAUUAUUGCGAGGGUUCUGUUGAGUUAACAAAGAAAGUUUUGACUGAAAAUAACGUUGAUAUGGACGAUGUCAUUGUCGAAAAGUUAGACUUGUUGGACGAGUAUUGCAUUGAUACUUCUGAAAUUAAAGAGGCGGACGUCAUUAUCGACAAAGGAACAUUUGAUGCAAUCAUGGUAGCCCCAGAAAAGACCGAGAAUGCAGGGAAGUAUAAAAGGUACAUUAGCCAAGUAUUGGCGGAAGGCGGGAUAUUUGUCAUCACAAGUUGUAAUUGGACCGAAGACGAGCUUGUUGACUGGCUUGGAAAUGGCUUGGAUGUUAUCGACCAAAUCAAGGAAGGAUCAUAUUCAUUUGGAGGAUCACAAGGAUCAAAGACAACAACACUCUUUUUUAGAAAAAUAUAG